AUGGUAGCCUUACCACGUGGCAUGGAGCAUGUCGAUCGCAAAGAGCUGUACACCUCCCUGCCCGCUCGUGUACACUACCUUCAUCAGUUCUUGGAAUUCUCAGCAGACGAUGUUGCAGCCCUUAUUGACGGCCAUCGCUAUAUCCGCACCGUCAUUCCAGCCAUCGUCAACAUGGUCUAUAAGAAACUGCUCAAGCACGAUAUAACAGCCAGAGUCUUCACGCAACGCGACAGCCGCAGUGAGGUCGAUCCAGACACAUGGGUUUCCGAAGACAGCGCUCAGAUUCAACACCGGAAAAUGUUCUUACGGUGGUACUUGACCAAGCUCAACAGCGACCCCACAAAGAUGGAAUACUGGGAGUACCUCGACAAAGUCGGUCUCAUGCAUGUGGGCCUCGGUCGACGAAACCCUUUGCAUGUUGAUUACAUUUUCCUUGGGGCCUGCCUGGGCUAUAUUCAGGAUGCCAUGACAGAAGCUAUUCUCUCACACCCAACGCUUGAUCUCACAAGAAAAAUUGCGAUCGUCAAAGCCAUAGGGAAAGUGAUUUGGAUCCAGAACGACUUGUUGGCCAAAUGGCACGUCCAUGAUGGCGAAGAAUUCCAGGAUUCCUUUGGUGCCGAAGAGGUGAAGCUCGAGGCGGCAGAGCCGGAAGGUUAUCUUCAUGGCAAAAAGGUACUAGGAGAGAAAGAGCCCAACAGUGGCGACGAGGCCUCGGUACGGAGCUCCAGCAGCGGCAAAACAAGCCUCGGCCGCAAUAUCGAAGAACUUGAGGGCAAGCAGAGCAUGGACCAGUCAAGAUGCCCCUUCAGCGGAAUGGCAAUGGGCGGCCAGCGAGCAGAACCAAUGCGGGUGUCCAAGACCAAGAAAGACCCGCUUCGCCCACAGCCAGCCCCUUCUGGUAUCCCACGGCUUUACGUGGUUGAUGGCAAGACAGUCUGUAAGGAGAAAUUAGACCCGAAUCCAUUCGAGCCGGACGCGCCAUACAUAGGUCAAGCUCUAUGA